AUGGAUGGGUUUUCUCUUGCACACUGCAUCUGCUCUUGCACAGAUGAGCCUAUCUCAUACAGUGGCAUCCCAAAAGCCCUCAUUGGGCCCUACUUUCCUAACGAAACCCUGACUGUCACCGAGUUCCUCCAGUUCAAACUCCCAUCAUUCCAAACAAAUUUACAGACAUCUGCAUGUCUCAGUCUUUGCCCACCAUCCAUCAAAGAAUUAAUGAUAAAAGAGCUGAUUUCUCAAUAUGAUCCCAACCACACCAACCCUCCUCAUUCCGUCAAAAUCGGCAUACGUUAUACCACUAUUGACAUUCUCCGUGUCUGGGAAACCAUAUUUCGAGUACAGAAUGUCCAGAGGUUCUGGAAAGAAUCAGAGAAGUUAGUUGAGGCAUGGGCAAACCAUCACUCUGCUCACCGUGUUGCUAUCGUGGUGGCUCAAAAGCAGCUUCUAUCAUGCAACUGGAACACAAAAGUGCUUGGAUUCUCAAAGUCAGCACUGAGUACUGUGGGAGGGCUGAUGCGUCACCUCACUUUCUCUUGUCUUGUGACAACUGACAUCUCAUACCACAUCGAGCUUCUUGCAACAGCCUUGGUGGCCAGUGAUGUAAAGGCCAGGCUUUUGAGUCCCCUUGACAUUCAGUACCUAACUGGAUGUGCAAUGCAAGCAGGUGGCUCAGUAACUUAUGGGUGCAAUCAUACCUGUAAAGAUCUCUGUCAAUUGGGGUCAGAGCUCUCAUCUGGAUCUGAAUCCCAAUUUGGUGGAAUCAUGCAUGCUAAUAAUAAUCACUGGAUCGCAUUUUCAGUUUUCCCUAAGGAAUCAGUGAUUUACCUUGCAGAUUCUUUACAUCGGGAAACAGGAGGUGCUGACUUACCUGUUGCAGCAAAGGAAGUGGCAAACGUUCUUCAAUGGUGGCUCAAUGAAUCCUAUUCUGGAUUGAACAAGUCAACACCAACAUUUCGAAUCACUUCACUCCCAGUUGCUCACCAGAAUGAUUCCUCCUCAUGCAGCUUCUUUGCCCUCAAUGCCCUGAUGCACCAUCUCAUCCCAACCAAAUACCCGCUCUAUGCUAGCAACGACAUUGCUAUGUUGCGUGUUGAAUUUUUGAUGGCAAUCCUCAAUCAUCAUGUUGAACAGAUACCACCUGUCCCAGCAGUGACUUCUGUGGCAGAAAUUCCAACGGCAUCGAUGAUUGAACCCAAGGUGACAUCAGGCCACAUGACAACAACAAUCAUGGAAGUGAUGGCUGCCCCAGCAGAGACAGUCCCAUUCACAGUAGCUGAGCAUUCAACAAAGCCAGCUCCAACACCAACGACGUCAAGAAUGUGCUCAUCUGUGGCACAGUCGACCAGCCCUGCAGCCUUGCCAAGUAGCCCAGCCCCAACGGGCACCUUGCCCAAUUCUGAUGUCAAGAAACCGAAGGAGAAAAAGAAAAAAUUGGACUUCACCAUCCAGGAGGGGGAAGAGGGCCGUGGGUUGCUGCAAUUCUUGAGCUGUCAUCGAUUGGAUUUGAAAGGAUUGGCAAGAGAUCUGAAGAAUGGAGGGUGGAAGAGGAACUGGAAGCAAGGAAGAAAGUUGAAUGGAAGCGAGCAAAUGCACGAGAACGACAACAGCAUCGCCGAGCAGUGUUGGCAGAAGGAGAUGGUGAUGCAAAAAAAAAGGUGA